CUUUUACAGUAAUUACUCUCGUAGCCAUGGCGUCCUCUUGUCGCUCUAUUCUUCGAAUCGGAGGCGCCGACGAGCUUUCUGCUCACGUCUUACAAACAGCCGUAACAGAUUUCUUCGAUCAACGUCUCGAGCGCAAUUUCGAAUUGUUUCAAGGACAAUCUAAUUCACAGUCAGUAGCCCCGCAAACGAGCGGACUAGACAAGGAUGAGCACUGCAUAACAGAAAGUCUUACUGCUAAUAAAACGUCGCCAGAAGCUGUCUGCAUUAAUAACCGCUACUUUUCCGCCCACGUUCACUUUCGACCCAUCGAACACGUGGCGGCUGCGGAUGAGAAAGAAGACGGCAUUGUACUGGUCUGGAACUCGACGACUUCUAUGGAUACGUUGUCUCCGAUUCACGACCGUGCUGUUGAUUACGGCGCUGGAGACCUACUACGCCUCUGUGUUUAUCUCAAUUCAACUUCUCCGUCUAGAGAAGUUGUUUCCGAACAGGCCUAUGCCGAUCGGGUCUUGUUUUGCCUGGAUCGUGGAUACGAGUACGUAUCAGUGAAUCUAAACGAGACGCAGGUGGGUCACAACGAUCGUGAUAAGGAAGGCUUUGCCCGUGUUGUAGAAGCACUGGAAACUACAAUGUGGUCAUCUGCUGUCAUGGCCAAGACGACGCAGCGCCGUUUGCAAACGUCCCUCGACCAAACACGCGACAGUGUUGUAGGUUCCUUUCCCGAUACAAAAGAGAACCACACCGAUCCAACGAGCGUAGACGAAUCAUCUUAUUCAGCGUACGAACCUCCAAAUCCUGAUUUGCUAACACCACUUGCGGUUCGGGACGAUCCAGAAGGAGCCGAAAGGGAAGAUAGAGCAAAACAAUCAUUGCUUUCCACAAUACCGGCUUUGUCUGCUACAGCCAAACAGCACACCGGCGAGACCAACUUCGAGGCAGAAAAGACGAUGAAUGACUUGGAGAAUGCUCUACGAGACGCCGCUCGGAUCCGGGAAAUUUCCCAGAAGGGAGCCAUGUCCGACGCCGAGCGUAGGCAACGGGCUGGCGAUGCUGCACUUAUCUUGAUGAAUUUGAUGGGACAAUUUGACGAUAGCGAAGAGGAGGAUGACAACAGUAGUAAUUGUGAACUAUGA